AUGAGACUCCUCCCCACUGAAGCUUCACCGGGUGCAGGUACAACUAUCCUGUUUGUAAAAGGAGGAGAUUUUCCAGCAAAUAACAUUGUGAAGUUCCUGGUAGGCUUUACAAACAAGAGUGCAGAAGAUUUUAUUGUUGAAUCCCUAGAUGCCUCAUUCCAUCAUCCUCAGCACUACCACUUUUAUAUCCAGAAUUUCACAGCUCUUCCUCUGAACACUGUCGUACCACCCCAGAGACAGGCAACUUUUGAGUACUCCUUCAUUCCCGUAGAGCCCAUGGGAGGGCGACCCUUUGGGCUGGUCAUCAAUCUGAACUACAAAGUUCUGAAUGGUAAUAUAUUCCAAGAUGCUGUCUUCAGUCAAACAGUGACAGUUAUUGAAAGAGAGGAUGAUUUAGAUGAAGAAAUAAUCUUUAUGUAUAUAUUCCUUGCUGGUCUUGGGCUUCCAGUUGUUGUAGGUCUUCAUCAACUCUUAGAAUCUAGAAAGCACAAGAGACCCAUACAGAAGGUAGAAAUGGGUACAUCAAGUCAGAAUGAUGUUGACGUGAGUCGGAUUCCUCAGGAAACUUUGAAUCAGAUCAAUAAAACUUCACCAAGAAGGUUGCACAGGAAAUGGNAAGAACUUUCUGAGACACCCCUUACUUGUUCAAUGACUCUGUUGUUAGUUUCAAUGUAUACAUUUUGA